AUGGCUGGUUCAUCUCGCCCAACCUCAAUCACAGGAGGAUGUGUGUGCGGCGCAAUAAGAUACACGAUCCACUUCACUCCUGAUAUGAACUGGCCCGCAACCAAGAACGCAACCUGCCAAUGCACGCGAUGCCGUAAAUUCACUGGGAGUUUAGUACCGCAGCUCCUCACGGUCCCGACUGCAAAUAUUCACCCACCACUGUCUUCACAGCCCGCCUAUAAGGCAUUUCAAACCCCAGAAAACCCAGCUGGUCAUAGAAUGUUUUGCUCCAGUUGCGGAAGUUCCAUCGCGUACCAAAAUACCAACAGAGCACAGGACACGGAGGUGUACCUGGGCUCAUUAGACGAGGACGUUUUGUGUGGAAGGAAGGGAGAAAGCACAAAGACAGAGUGGGGGGAUUGGCCAGAGCGUAUUGGUGGACUGGGUGUGGACAUUUGCAAGACACAGAGACAUAUUUGGGUUGAAAAUGCUAUUCCAGGACUCACAGAUGGUAUGAGAGGCCAGAAGUGGUUAAAGGAACCACCGGAAGGAAAGCCAUUUGAAGGCUGUGAUUUAGCCGGACUUAGAGAGAAGUGUGAAGCUUAG